UCGGCCUGCCCCACGUCAAGGGCCUCUGAUGUCCAGGGGAAGUAAGCCCACAGUGCCAAAGUGUCGUCUCUGCUGAGGAUGCCGCAGACCAACAAAUUCAGAAACGCCUCGGCGGCUCAUUCUGCAAACCCGGUACCAGGAGGGACGCCGGAGGAUCCUGAAACCACCCGGAUGGAGCUCCAAGAAGCAGGGGAUGCAGGGGGAGGAGGAGGAGAGGACAAUGUUGGCGACAGCGACAUCAUCAAGUCACCCAGUGACCCCAAACAGUACAGGUAUAUUGAGCUGGACAAUGGGCUGCAAGCUCUGCUUAUCUCAGACUACAGCGGUCCGGCAGCAUCAGCAGAUGAGGAUUCAGAUGGAGAAGAGGAGGGUGAGGAGGGUGAGGAAGAGGAGGAGAGCGACUCUGGAGGGGGGACUGGGGACGAGUCCGAUGAGGGUGACGAAGAAAAAGAUAGCGACUUCGAAGAGGAAGAUGAGGACGAAGGGAAGAAGAGGAAAGGACACUCAGAAAAGCAGUCUGCAGCGGCGCUGUGUGUUGGAGUCGGCAGCUUCAGUGACCCCAGUGACCUUCCUGGCCUCGCUCAUUUCCUGGAACAUAUGGUGUUCAUGGGUAGUGAGAAAUACCCAUCAGAAAAUGGUUUUGAUGCUUUCCUAAAGAAGCAUGGAGGGAGUGACAAUGCCUCCACAGAUUGCGAGAGGACCAUCUUCCAGUUCGAUGUCCAGAGGAAGCGCUUUAGAGAAGCUCUGGACAGGUGGGCUCAGUUCUUCAUCUGCCCCCUGAUGAUCAGAGAUGCCAUCGACAGGGAGGUAGAGGCUGUUGAUAGUGAGUACCAGCUGGCUAAGCCAUCAGAUUCCCACAGGAAGGAGAUGCUGUUUGGCAGUCUGGCCAAACCGGGACACCCUAUGGGCAAAUUCUGCUGGGGAAAUGCCCAGACACUUAAACAGGAGCCAAGGAAGAAGAAGAUCAAUGUGUACAAGCGACUGCGUGCUUUCUGGAAGAGACACUACUCCGCUCAUUACAUGACUCUGGCUGUGCAGUCUAAAGAAAAGCUGGACACUCUGGAGGAGUGGGUGAGAGAGGUUUUCAGUAAAGUGCCAAACAAUGGCGAGCCCAAGCCAGACUUCUCUGAUAUGCCGGAUCCUUUUGACACACCAGCCUUCAACAAGCUGUACAGAGUGGUCCCGGUGAGGAAAGUUCAUGCUUUGACUAUCACUUGGGCACUCCCCCCUCAGGAGAAACACUACAGAGUGAAGCCUCUCCACUACAUCUCGUGGCUGAUCGGCCACGAAGGCGCAGGCAGCAUCCUCUCGGUGCUCAGGAAGAAGUGCUGGGCCCUGGCCCUCUUUGGAGGUAACAGUGAGACGGGCUUCGACCAGAACACCACGUACUCCAUCUUUUCCAUCUCCAUCACCCUCACUGACGAAGGUUUCCAAAACUUCUACCAGGUAAUCCACCUUGUGUUCCAAUACCUCAAGAUGCUGCAGACCCUUGGGCCACAGCAAAGAAUAUAUGAAGAGAUUCAGAAGAUUGAAGCCAAUGAGUUUCAUUAUCAGGAGCAGACUGAUCCUAUAGAGUAUGUGGAGGACAUAUGUGAGAACAUGCAGUUGUUCCCUAAAGAAGACUUCCUGACAGGAGACCAGCUGAUGUUUGAGUUCAAACCAGAGGUGAUCAGUGAGGCUUUGUCCCUCCUAACCCCGGACAAAGCCAAUUUGAUGCUGCUGUCACCAGAACAUGAGGGCCACUGUCCCCUGCGGGAGAAGUGGUUUGGCACACACUAUAGCAUGGAGGACAUCCAGCAAGAGUGGAGGGAGCAGUGGACGGGAAACUUGGGGCCAAACAACGAUCUGCACCUCCCUGCUGAGAACAAGUUCAUUGCCACCGACUUCACCCUGAAGCCACCUGACUGCCCAGACACUGAGUUUCCUGUCAGGAUAGCUAACAGCGACAGAGGCUGCGUCUGGUACAAGAGGGACAACAAAUUCCAUAUCCCUAAAGCUUACGUCAGAUUCCAUUUGAUCUCGCCUGUAAUUCAGCAGUCUGCUAAGAAUGUCGUGUUGUUUGACCUGCUGGUGAACGUCCUGGGCCAUAACCUGGCAGAGCCAGCAUACGAGGCGGACGUAGCCCAACUUGAGUACAAACUGGUGGCUGGGGAGCAUGGCCUGGUCAUCAAGGUCAAAGGAUUCAACCACAAACUACCCUUGCUGCUUCACCUGAUUAUUGACUACCUGGCAGAGUUCUCAGCCUCCCCUGACGUCUUCAGCAUGUUCUCCGAGCAGCUGAAGAAAACUUACUUUAACAUCCUCAUCAAACCCGAGAAGCUCGGCAAGGAUGUACGUCUGUUGAUCUUAGAGAACUCUCGCUGGUCCAUGGUGGAGAAGUACCAGGCUCUGAUGGCAGGUCUGACUGUGAAUGAGCUGAUGGAGUUUAGUCGGACCUUCAAGGCUCAGCUCUACGCAGAGGGACUGGUGCAGGGCAACUUCACCAACACUGAGUCAGUGCAGUUCCUGCAGUAUGUAACAGAUAAGCUGCAGUUCUCCAAGCUGCCAACGGAGGUGCCUGUGCUGUUCAGAGUGGUGGAGCUCCCCCUGAAACACCACCUCUGUAAGGUCAAAUCACUCAACAAGGGAGAUGCCAACUCUGAGGUCACUGUUUACUGCCAGUCUGGCCCCAAAAACCUGCGGGAAUACGCACUGAUGGAGCUACUGGUGAUGCACAUGGAGGAGCCCUGCUUUGACUUCCUCAGGACCAAAGAGACUCUGGGGUACCAUGUCUACCCUACCUGCAGGAACACCUCCGGCAUUUUGGGCUUCUCCGUCACAGUGGAAACGCAGGCCACCAAAUUCAAUACCGAGACGGUGGAGCUAAAGAUUGAAGAGUUUCUGGCUUCUUUCGGGGAGAAGCUGGAUGCGCUUACUGAAGACGCCUUUAAUACACAGGUGACUGCUCUAGUGAAGCUGAAGGAGUGUGAGGACACACACCUUGGGGAGGAGGUGGACAGGAACUGGGCAGAGGUGGUCACACAGCAGUAUGUCUUUGAAAGGCUCAACCGAGAGAUCGAGGCUCUUAAGCAGAUGACCAAGGCUGAGCUGGUGUCCUGGUUCCAAAUCCACAGAGGAGAGGAGAGCCGCAAACUCAGCGUACAUGUGGUGGGUUUUGGUGUUGAAGAGAACGAUGACGAAAGCGGCCGUAAGAAAACAGAAGAGCAGGAAGUCGAAGAGGAGGAGUUGUGCAGCUCUGCCUAUGGCGAAGUGUCCAAACUCACCUUCCUACCUGCCUCGCCCAAGAUGGCCAAUGCCACCGCCAUCAUGGAUAUUCCUGCUUUCACUCAAAGCCUCCCCCUUUUCCCCUACCACAAGAUCCUCAAAUAAACUCACACCCAGACUGAAAGUCAGACACAAGAUAGUCUGUGAUUUGUUCUUUAUCUGAGGCAUGUGAGGGUAUUCUGCCUCAUUGUCUUAGAGCAGGGCAGAGGAGGAAGAAGAUGAAGACGAGGGCUGUAACACAGAGCUCGGCACAUAUUCUCUCAAUAACAUCAACUCGUAGAUCUUACCUAUACAUAUACAGUGUGCACUAAACUGAAUGGACUGGGCAGCCUAUACUUGACAAAGCACACUUUUGUGUGACAUCUGUUUUGCUUUUCAACACUGUGCUUUUAGACAAGGAGCAUUUCAUUAUGAGAAUAAGUGUAAACUUGCUUUUCAUAUAUGACUAAUAAAGUUGAAACUAGUUCUUUUGGCCUAAA